AUGGCAUUAGAAGACGUGUUCAAUAAAAUCUACUUGAAUCCAACAUCUGUAUCGUUCAUGCACUCACCACAAAGACAAAAUGCCACGUUGACAAUCACCAAUUACUCGAACGAAAAUGUAAUUUUCAAAAUGAAGAGCACACAUCCUCGUACAUUCAAAAUGAACCCCGUUUUUGGAAUAGUAGAAUCAAGGAAAGAGGUUGACGUUCGUUUAACAUUCAAAGGAAUUCGUGGAGGAAAAACGCUUGAAAAUGAAAGGUAGGG